AUGGCUUCCAACGGCGCCCAACUCGCGAGUCUACGAGGCAAAGAACACUUCCCGGCAUUCGAAGAUCUAGCCUGGGACAAUCAUCUCAACCCUGACUACUACCGCGAAAGGCACAAUGGUUUCUGGGAGCCUCGCAAGCACUGGGUGUUUCUCGGCCAGAUCGUCAAGGCCGAGAUUGAUCUCCGCGUGAGGCUCGUCGUCAAAGACCGAGAUGGUCAAGAGCUCCCCGUUGCUAUCUACACGGAACGCCGUGGUGUCGAGAUCAGCCCCUCGAACCUUCAAGUCGGAAACACGGUCGUCAUCUUCUAUGCUGUCAAGCAUGCCUUUCUUGAUUUGACUAUGGGUAUCCGCCAUGAAGACCUUGAGUACCUGAAGGUUCGUUACUCGUAUGCUCAACUUCGACUUCUUCUUACGCCAACUCUUUAUCUAGAUCUUCCCGAUUUCCCACCCUCAUUACCUGCAAGCGUUCUCUUCACCAUGCAGAAUUUGGAUAUACUUGUCGCAACUGCAGACACUCGACGCCGUGUAGCUUCACUGUCAUUGAGAUUUGAGAGUCCGGCAAGCACUGUAGAACGACCACAGAGGGCUUCGCAUUCGGACUUGAUGUCAAAGUUCAGGAGGCGAGUAACACACGGCUAA